AGUUGCUCCGUGAGCUGGUCUCUAUCGUCUGUCUGACUGUCGCAUCAUAUCUGUGUGUCGUGUGGAGGAGCGUCAGUCGCCAGCAAAGCAAGAUGCUGUCUGGGAGCGAGGUGCCGCCAUCGGGUGGGGACCCCUACACCGAGGCCUACCGGCUGGCGCAGCAGCUGCAGGUAAGUAACCCCACACGCACACCAGGGGGGAAGCGCACAGAUGCACGUGGCGACAGAUGCACCACGAGAUCUGUGUGGCGUGUGUCUCACUGCCUGCCUGUGCUGUGUGGGUGGCUGCAGGCGCUUCAGCUGCAGCAGCAGCAACAGCAGCUGCAGCAGCAGCAGGACCUGUUUAUGAAGGCCAAGCAGGCGCAGCAGAACCCCACGCCGCCGGGGAGCGGUCAGUCACAGAACGCCAAACCGAGGAGCAUCCUCUACAAGACCAAGAAGUGCAGGUCAGUGAGUGAAGCGACAGGCAUCUCAGGCAAUGAAGUCCUCGCACACUGUGCCUCAUACGCUGUCGCCUGCAGGUUCUACGAGAAGGGAGCGUGUCUCUGGGGCAACACUUGCAGGUGAGGUGGGUAGAUGAGGGUGCUGAUGCGUACGUGUCUCACGCCGGUUGAGCGUGGCAACUGAGGUCACUUGUGUGUCUGUCUGUCUUUCUCUCCUCGGCCUGCCUUUUGUGUGAUGGUGUGACGUAUCUAUCGUUGGUAUCAAUCAGGUUUGCUCACACGGAUGCGGAGCGUCGUGAGAAGCCUGACCUCAAAUACACCAAGAUAUGCAAGCCGUACUUCGCCGGACAGUGCUUCGAUUUGAACUGCGGUUUCGCUCACAGGUACGUAGGUGCAUCACAUCACACAUUCUCUGAUCUAAAGGAAGCCUGAGCCCACCUUCUCAUUGCCCCUCUGUGUGUGUGUGUGUGCAUCUAUCUGUCGAUCAGUUUCGCCGAGUUGCGUAAGUUGCCGGACCCCGUGACGUCUGCUCGUCGCGACCCGAGCAGCUUCGUGCGUGCCGCGCCCCAGCGGCUGCCGCACGAGAUGGUGCCGGACGGUGGCGCCAGCAGCACCACCGCCCCUGACGGGAACCCCUUCACCAUCCCCCUCCCCUCAUUCACUGACCUCACCCGGCUCCACCAGGACCCCAACACACUCACCGCCGCCCAGCAGCACCAGGUCGUCACGACCAACAUCAAUGGCCACCCCUACGCCGCCGCCCAGUCCAUCCCCCUCACCCCGCCCUCACCCAACAUGCAGCUCAUGCAGGACCCUUACAAGAUGCAAAGCCGCCUGUACGCUCAGCUGCAGGCGCAGGCUCAGGCGCAGGCCCAGGCCGCAGCUGCAGCAGCGGCUGUGGGGGCGCCGCCGCCGUAUGACGAGAGCGAUGUGGUGGUUGAGGCGGGUCGCAAGGCGACCAACAAGAUGGUGCCGGCUCACCCGCCCAUGAUCCAGAUGCCGUUCGAGCUCACGUCGAUUUUGAAUUUUUUGGAGGACACGGGCGGCAACAUGGCGGGCGCGGCAGCGGCAGCCGCCGCUACCAACGGACUCGUCGGGGUGGGGGCUACCAACCAGCUUGUCGGGGCUACCAACGGACUCGUCGGGGCUAGCAACGGACUCGUCGGGGGGCCGGCCGUCGGGGUGGCCGUCGAGGAACACCCGUGGCAGGUACGCACGGGACGGACCGGCGCAUGAUGGAUGGGAUGCACUGAAGGGAGGAAGGAGUGACUGACCACGUUGUCUGUCUGUUCUCUGUGUGUGAUGUGAUUGUGUGCAGGAGCGUGUGGGCGGUCCCCCUCCGCCCCCCUCUACGCCACCGUCGCAGCGGCUGCAGGGCGUCCAGCAGGGGCUGCAAGGCGUCCAGCAGGGGCAGCGCAUCAUACGGGUGCCAUACUCGUGAGGGGGGGAGGGAGGGAGGGAGGGAGGGUGGGGGAGACACACAGGGAGGGAGGGAUGGAGAGGGGAGGGGAGGGGAACGGCAGGGAAGGAGGGAUAGUGGUGAGUGGAUUGAUUUAUCCAUCCAGAUAGAUCCAACCAUGCAUCCAUUGGGUGUUGGGCAUCACAUCUCACUCACUGGCUGGCUGGCAGGCGUGUCUCUUUCUUUCGGAGAGCAUCCAUCCCUACCGUCCAUCCCAUCCAUCCAUCCAUAUGUCAUACAUGUCCAUCUCAUUGGGUUGGCAUAGUGGCGUGAUUUGGUGUGUGGUGCGCGUGCGUGGCCUGUCUGUCUGUCUGUCUGUCUAAGUGGCUCAUGUGGUCAGUCUACAAUCAUCAAUAAAUAACUGGGGGAGGGCGAUGAGCGAGGCGGGAGGCUUCACGAGGGAAGUCACCUCGUGAGUGAGCGACGGCUCCCCUCCCUCUCUCAACCUGACCAUCCGGCCGUCGGUCCUUCCUUCCUGACCUCUAUCAAUCUAUCAUCUAUCUCUCUUUCCGUCGAUCGUGGUGAUGAUGACCAUUUGGUUUAGUCACGAGGGCGCUCCAUGGCAGGGAGGGAGGGAGGGAUGAUGUACCUCAUGGGUCGACUGACACGGACGGAGCGGCUGGGAGGGAGGGAGGGAGAGAGGGGUUGCAUUUGCAACUGCUGUAUGCGGUCGUGACAGCCAUUUCACAGUCACAACCGCCGCAUAUCAGUCAGUGGUUUUUUGCUUUUGGCCAUACAUGCAUGCCAUGCCAACUACUAACAGGCAGGCAGAUAGAUGUGGUGUGCCUCGUGUGACGGACGGACGGAUGGAUGGAUGGAUGUGCGCCGUGCCGUGCGGGCGGCAGCUCAGCUCAGCCCGCUUUGCUUAUACAAUAUAUAAGAUCCAUACACACAUAACUGACAUACUCCUUGCGUUGCGUUUGGUACAUUCAUUGUCAUGUUACGUCUGUAUGUCUGUCUGUCUGCAUUAUCUAUCGUACGAAUGUUUGUAUGGUAUGUAUCUUUGUGUGAAUCAACAGUUUUCUCAAGAGAGCCGACUCGUGCCGGGCGGACGGGCCGACAGACAGACAGACAGACAGACAGACAGAGAGACAGAGAGACAGCCGGCUGGAUGGAUGGAUGGAGCCAAUUCAUUCGUUCAUACCAAAGAUACCUCUCUCUGGUUGGUGGGUAGGUACAUGCCUUCCUUCCUUCUACUCGACAGGCAUCGAUUAACAACACCUGCAUGGCUUGCUGUGUCCUAGUGUGUGAAAGCGUAUGUGCGUACGAUGCGCGAUGUGUGUGUAUUGGGGGGGCGGGGCGGGUGGAUGGAUGGAUGACCUGUGCGAUUGCGUGCGUCUCGUGUGUGUAUGUGUAUGUGUGUGUGCAUUUCGAUGUCGCUCUCACUCUAUCUCGCUCUAUCUAUCCCCGCAUUCAUUGCAUUCAUUGCCACAUUGGUUGUCCCUCCACUCCACUGAUGUCCGUCCCUAUGGUAUGUGAUUGAUGUACGUGUGGUAUGUGAUUGAUGUACGUGUGUUUGUCGCAUGGAGAAUGCAUGCCACGGGUGGGUGCCAUUCGCCGACCGAUCGAUGAUGUGAUUGUUGACGAUACUGAUUAUAUUUUGUCCUUUUAGUUAGGCAGACAGACAGACAGACAUGGACAGGGCAGACACCCUCCCUCCCUCGCUGUCCCUCACCCACCCUCUCGUGUGGGCCCCGCCCCGUGGGUGUGUCUAUGUGUGUCUGCCUAGCGUAUGUGAGUCUUUUUCACCUCUAUCAAUCAAUCAAUCAUAUCAAGGAUGUUGCCCUACCUUCCUCCUGCACUCACUGCUCAUACAGUCAGUCACUCACUCAGUCAGUCAUGCCAGGCACUCCACUCACCACCCCCCACUCCACUCACUCUGGCGGUGGUUGCUUGCGACCAUGCAAUCAACACCUGCCUGCACGCCUCCAUGUUGCUUUCUUGGCGUGCAGUGCAGGGCGUCUGCGGAGGGCGGGGUCGGGGGGCGGGUGGGUGCACGGCAUGGCACAACAGGCUGCAGUGAAGCACGCGGAUCGAGCCGGAGGGGAGUCGACUUGAGCCGCAGGGAAUUCGUGCGGCUGUCGGCGUCUCUCCUGAGCUCGUGACGUGUGCGCCGUGCAUCCGUGUGUAUGUAGAUUGGUUGACAGUCAUUUUGUCGGCUGCUGAGCGACCCGCCCCACACCUCUCACCGUGCGUGCAGUGCAUGGCCUGUGUGUCCCCUUCUGUCGCACUCGUCGAUGUCUCGAUCACUUCUCCGUCUGUGUCGUGUGUGUGUGGGGUGUUUGGAUUGGCUGGCAGUGGCGCUCUCUCUCUCUCUCUCUCUCUGGCUUUCUACCCUCUGUGCAUUUCUGGAGUGAUUAUGAUACAUACGAGGGGCGGCGUGGGUGUCGUCUGCCUGUCUGCCUCUGAGAAGGCCAGCAAGCAAGCAGCCAUUUGCAACGCAACUCUUCCGGAUCGACGGUAGGCCGGGUGAUUCUUUGUCACUCUGCUGUGCCGCCCGCCCGCCCGCCCAUGCAUGGAUGCAUGGAUGGAUGUGGUUUGACCGACUUGCUGGGGCAUGUGUAAUGUGUAUGUGUGUAUACGGCGUGUGCGCUGGUUUUUAUACAUAAGCCAUCAUAACAUGACAUAGCAAUGUGCUGCCGUGGUGUGGUAAGGUAGGUGUCUGUGUCUGUGGCUGGCCGGCUGCUGCUUGAUCUGAUCACGUCUGCCGCCGGGUGGGCGGGGGGGCAGGAAGCCGUCAUCGCCCUGUGUUUGUCGGUCAUCGGCAGACAGACAGACAGAUGUGCUGGUUACCUGGCCGGGAGGCCGAUGUGCUCAACAUUUGGACCGCCUGCUCUCGUUUGGCGUGCCAAUCUUCCCAACUGACCGCCGAGUGGUUUUAUUGCUGACUGACACAUUCUGACUCACUCACGCACUUCCCCAUACCCACCCUCUCUCUCUCUCUCUCUCUCUCUCUCUCGCCGUCUCUCUCCAAACCAGUGUUUUCAUUCUGUCUGUCUCUCUGUGUGUGAAUGAAUGGAUGGAUGGAUGUGCCAUGGGAGGGAGGGAGGGAGGGAGGGUGGGCGAGUGGGUGUGUGGGUGUUUGACUGAUUGAGCGCCUCAUUGACCGAUCGACACAUUUAUCUUGCCUGCCCGCCCGCCUGCUUGGAAUGAGUGAAGAGUCUGAUCUUUUUCGCCGCUAUUUUUCUCGAACCAUUUCCCCUGCCGAAGCAGAUAGACAGACAGACAGACACCAUGACCACACCACGCCAGCACGCACUCCCUCACGCGCAUAUGCCACGGCCGGUGUCGUGUGUGGUGUCUCUCUCCCGUCAUUGGAUCGUUAUUUUGUCCUUGCCCUUGCUGCCCGCCUGCCUGCCUGCCUGCCUGACCGCCAUCCAGCAAGCCAUGGAGUGAAUGAGUAACUGCCCUCCCUCUCUGUCUGCAGUCGUGGCGGCCAAAUUGGCCGCGCGACGUCAGACAGAGAGCCUCGCUUCGCCGUUUACUGUCAUCCGGACCUGAUUGAAAUAUCGAGAAUCAGGAACUGUUUUGCCUUUGGCUGGCAGCCUGGCAAUGGGCGGCAGAUAAAUGGAGGAUGGAUGGAUGGGCGAGCAGAGGGGGCAGGCGGGAGGGGUGACGCACGUGUAUUUAACAGUCAGGUUCGCACACCACUCAUACUCAUUAUUCAUUCACACACAUACACAACACACCCGUGUAGACACACUCUGCUGCCACCCACUCAUCCACACACACACACACACACACACACAUGGGUUGGUUCCAUCCAUUUCUGUCUCGCACACACACGUGGGCGGUGCAAGCCACAUGCACUGCCAGCUGUCGUGCUGUGCCGUGUCAUGGGUCAUGGCGUGUUCGUGGGUGGGUGGGUGGUAUCAUCGACAAAACCUUUGAUUUAGUUAGUGCAGCAGCCGGCUAUCUAUCUAGAUAUCCUUGUUCGAUUCGAUUGCGCGCGAGAGAGAGGACAGGGAGGGCGGCA